AACAAGUAGCUGCUCUUGCCAGCUCCGUCUAUUGUUUGUUCCUUAUAUAAUGCUAAUAUAAGUGUACAGAAAUCCAGCGAACCAAAAAUCAUUAAAAUUGGUUCAGCCGUUCUUGAGUUAUAAGUUGUAUAACACGCAUUUCUUUUAGAUACACAGAUCGUUGAAACAACUAAACAAGCUAUUUUUAUAAUUAACUUCAUAAUUAAGUAAAUUAAAAGUAUGGACUUCGAUACAAAAAGUAGCUAGAAAUGUGAAGAUGAAGUUAUUUGUAAAGCUGCCAAAAAUAUACGUACGCAAUCUUCCCAAAAUAACUUGCAUGUAGAUUAGUAUCACGCUCAACUCUGAAGGAUCUUACUAACAUAGUCGUGAUUUUAAAAAUAUUUUUGUUAAAAUGAGUGGCGACGCAGCUUCUCUUCCGUGCCCUAUAUGUUUACACACUGGAGUUUUUAAUACAGCGCAAUCGUUAAGAGAUAGAUUAAUAUACGUUUCGACUCAUAACAUUGUGUGUCCUAUCUGCCAAGAAGAGGUAACAGGUUUGGAUAAGUUAACAAUACACUUAUUUAGUCAUGUCAGCAUUAUUCCUUUUAAAAAAGGAUUACAAAACAGAGAAUUAGACAUUAAACAAUUGCAUACUAAUGAAAAACAAUUGACAGUGGUGGAAAAACAGAAAAAGUGUAGAGCUAAAAAUAAACCAAGUACUUCAACAUCAUGUGCUCCAGUAAAAUUUGUGAAAAUAUAUCCAAAACUACCUGUUGUUGCGUUGAACACAAUGCCUGUUAUUAGUUCUGAUAAUGUGGUUGCUAAUCCAUUAUUUAUUUCAUCCACAAUAAAAAAUGAAACCUCGUUAAUGCAAAGUGCAAAUAAAUGCAACAUUUGCGGUGUACAAUUUGUGAAUGAAGGUAUUUUAAAAAUGCACAACAGUAUUAUACAUAACUUUGAAGACAAAGAUAAUUCCGUUACAAAAUAUAAUUGCCACCUCUGCUCAAAAAAUUUCAAAAUGCGCGGGUCUCUUAUGGUUCAUUUAAGGGUUGCACACUAUGGAUUUACACAUAAGAAUAAAACAAAUUCAAACACUGAAGAGUCUUUUAAUAAAAAUGAUGGUACAAAUGUUCCUAAUGUAGAAGAGAAACCAACAGAAUAUUUAAGAACAGAUGGAAAACAAUGGCAAUGUGAUGUGUGCAAUAAAUUUUUCACUACUAAGUAUUUCUUGAAAAAACAUAAGCGUCUUCAUACAGGUGAAACUCCGUAUGCGUGUACGCAAUGCAACAAGACCUUUACAUUUCAACAGUCCUUCCACAAGCAUCUUCUGUAUCACAACGAUGAUAAGCCACACGUAUGUAAUUUUUGUGGUCGAGCCUUCAAGGAAUUAUCUACUUUACAUAAUCAUCAACGUAUACACACGGGUGAAAAGCCAUUUGCGUGUGAAACUUGUGGUAAAUGUUUUCGUCAACGAGUUUCAUAUUUAGUACAUAGGAGAAUACAUACUGGGGCAAUGCCAUAUAAAUGUACCGCAUGUGAAAAAAGUUUUAGAUACAAGGUUUCCCAACGAACACAUAAAUGUCAGGCUCAACCGCCAGGUGCGGUGGUACGAAAAUCAACGGAUUUAGUCGAAAAAUUGAAAAAAAUAAAUUCAGAUCAUGACAACACAAAUGAUACAAUUAAAAAAACUGACCAUUCCCAAAAACCAAAUUAUGUAGAAGUAUCUGAAGCAAAUGCCGAAUUAGUUAGAAAUAGUGCACAAUUAUCAUUAGAAGAUUUAGAAUCGGAAAAUUUUUCCAUUAUUUCCAAUUGUGUUUCCGGAAAUUCAAGUGAAGGUACUAUUGUGAAAAAUAAAAUGAUAGCAAUUCAGGAACAUAAUAUGCAGAAUGAUAAAGGAUACGAUUCAAAUUUGGAAGAACUAAUUGACUCUAUUCCUAUUGAUGAAAAAAAUAUACCCUCACCAUCAGACAUUUUGAAAAAUUUGUGUUUAUCAAAUGAAGAUGAUUUCUUACAUAUACUUGAAUAAUAAGUUUUUACAUUAUAUGAUGUGUAUAUAAUAUUGAUAUUUCAA